AUGAUGCAUGCAGAGUUACCAACAUUGGCAAGAGGAAUUUUUAAAGGCAGUUCGUCAGAAAGGUUUAAAAUAGUCAUAGAGGAGAUUACUACCACUAUCCCGUUCCGCAGCUUUUUCAGUAUGUCCACUAAGCUCAAGACAACAGAAAAUGAAACUAAGCAUACUAAGAAAGAUGGCAUAACUGACCCUCUUCUAACAACUACAGAAUCUUCCCCAUCUAAGAGAUUAACCAGAAAUGCUCAUAAUGAUGCUGUGUUAUCUGACAAAGAAAAGUUUUUAAAGAUGACAAGAGAAGAAAAAAGAAAACUUUACAAAUGUGGAAAGAAAUACAAACAGCUAAGUGACAUUCCAACAUGGCCAAAUUUCUACAAUGAUCACAAAGACAGGCUGCGAAAAUCAGUUUUAAAGAAGAAAUUACCUGUGAGGUAUAGUAUUAAUGAGGACAUAAAUCAGAGAGUUUCUAUUUGGAAAGGAGACAUUACUACCCUAGAAAUUGAUGCUAUUGCUAAUGCUGCCAAUGGCUCUCUCUUAGGAGGUGGUGGAGUUGAUGGUGCCAUUCAUUCUGCUGCUGGUAAGAAAUUGGUUGCUGAGUGUGCAACACUAAAUGGUUGUGAUACAGGGGAUGCCAAAAUUACAGCUGGUUAUAAGCUCCCAGCCAAAUAUGUGAUACAUACAGUGGGCCCCAUUGGUGAGAAGAAGGAUUUACUAUCUAGAGCAUAUUUAUCUGUCCUUAGUCGUCUAAAGGAAAACAAUCUGACCUCUGUGGCUAUCCCAUGCAUAUCUACAGGAAUAUAUGGAUACCCAAGUGAAAAGGCUGUACAUGUGGCACUGCAAACUGUCAGAGAUUUUCUUGAAAAUGAUGAAUACAAUCAAAAUAUUGCUCGAGUGAUUUUCUGUCUCUUUAUGCCAAAGGAUGUGGCUAUCUAUGAGGAGCAGAUGCAGGCUUAUUUUCCAGUUCCAGAUAUAGCUUGUACAGAUGACAAAAGAGACUUAAAAGUGGAAAAUUUAGAGGAUAAAAAGAAAAAAGACAAAAAAGAAGAUGGAAGGGAUGAAAAAAUGGAUACAGAGGGAGAAGAUGAAAAAGACAAAUCUGAAGAAGAAAGGAUGGAAACUGAAGAAAAAGAGGAAAAAACCAAAGACAAAGAGUUAAUAAAGGAUACCAAAGAUAAAACACCUAGUAAUAAAGAGGGGAAAAUGAACACUUCUGAAAAUAAUAAAAGUGGUACUAAUGACAAAGUUGACUCUGUUGAUAGAAGUGGUCAAUUUAAAGAAAAGAGUGGACAAAACAAACACAAAAUGACAGAAAUAAGUCAAGAUGAGAGAAAACGAGUUAAAGACAAGAAGACAGAUUUCUACUGCUGAAUCAAAACUUCAAAGACUGGAAAGUCAGAUGAUGAAAAACAGUGAUAUUCCAAAAAAAGUAAAGAUGAGAGUUGUCCAUUAUCUUACUCAGAGACAAGAAAGAAAUACAUUUGAUUCACAUCCACAAGUUAAAGAGCAAGCAAAAUUAUAGAGGAAAUCUUUAAUUUCUGUGUUAGUGAUUUAUCAGUAGACUUUAAGUGUUGCUGAUUUGUACUAUCAGGUCUAUUUAAUUUUAUACAAUGAAUUCUAUAAGGGCUUAAAAAUGAUUAUUAUAGUAAGUGUUCAGUUUUUCACAAUUUUCCUAGAAAUUUCUUGAUUUGUUAAAUCAGAAAAGAUUCAGUCACAACUGAAUUAAAAUUCAUGAAGGAUGGAUUAUUACAAAGUGAAUUUUGCUGAAGUUAUUAUUUUUGUACAUUGAAAAAAUAACUUCAUAUUACACUUAAGAUUUGAGUUUUGCCCUAUUAUUUAACCCACAUACGUGUGACUGUGUUAUAUUUUUCAUGGAGCCCUUUGCUGGAAAUUGUUUUGAUUUUUUUUUUUACACUGGACAGUUAAGCUAUG